GGAUCUGCUCCUGGAGCUUCAGUCUGCUGCAGCCAUGUUUGUUUUCGCCUGGAUGUUUGUGGCCCUGCUGAUCGUGCCCUCUUCAUGGGCCGAGGAAGGCCCAUCUGUCUCUGAAGUUUUGGAGAAGGCCAACGCCAACAUUGUGCGUCGUGAAGGCCAGCCCAUCCUGAUUGAGGGAGACAUCGCCAUCGACAAUGAUGCUGACAGGAACGCUGACCCCUGCACCUCCUAUGGCUGCAUGUGGGGCAAAUGGAGUGACGGCAAGGUCUACGUCCCCUAUUACAUCGCCAACCAUUUCUCUGAUCGGGAAAAGUCCAUCAUCACUCGUGGUCUGGAGUCCUUCUCCAGUUUCUCUUGCAUCCGCUUCAGACCCACCAUAAGCAAUGACCGCGACUGGCUGAGCAUCGAGUCUCAGGAUGGCUGCUGGUCAUAUGUGGGUCGCCGUGGGGGUAAGCAGGUGGUAUCUCUGGCCCGUAGUGGAUGUCUGUACCACAACACUGUCCAGCACGAGCUGCUCCACGCUCUGGGCUUCAACCAUGAGCAGACCCGCUCUGACAGGGACAACCACAUCAGGGUGCUGCUGGAGAAUGUGAUUUCCGGAAUGGAGCACAACUUCAGGAAGAUCGCCACUCUGAACCAGGGCACUCCCUACGACUACGGCUCCGUUAUGCAAUACUUCAGGACUGCUUUCUCCAAGAACGGACAGCCUACCAUGAUCCCCAUCCCUGACCCCAAUGUGAGCCUGGGCAAUGCCCAGCAGAUGAGCAGCAACGACAUCAAGAGACUCAACACCCUGUACCAGUGCUAAGGAGGACAUCCAGGGCUGCUCUAAACUCCAGACAGGAGACCUCUGCUCACUGUGGCCACUGGAGAUGUGAACAAGGAAAAUGUGGAACAUUUCCUCCUAACUGUUGAUUAAAGAGUCA